AUGUUGAACCUCGCUUAUUCCUCCUUCGUGGCUGCUGCUGCAGUCUCAUACGUUUCUGCCCAAUCUUUCGUUUCUGACCCUCUCGUCGACAAGACUGUGCCCUAUACUGCUAUUCCUUACCAGGUCGACAUACACACCGAUGGUCGUGGUCCUCAGUCGGGUUACAAUAUCUGUAAUUCGACCACGGAAACCCAGGAUUCUAUGUGUCAGACUGGUUUCAUCAACCACAUCGAUGACUUUUGUCUUUUUGCCCCGCCUGAAGCCAACACUACCAUUGGUGACAGUGAGGGUGUCGAAGUAGCCUGGUGCACCAAGAAGGGCCAUGGUGCUCGCCUUAUUCCCGAGGGCACACUCCAGGGUGUCCAGCUCGUCCAGAGCCCUGGAUAUGUUCAAAUUGUCGGUUUCAUUGACCAGACAAAGCUGAACAUCGCGACCGGCGACUACGGAGGUGAACUCGACUCUGGAGGGCAGGACGGCCGUGGUAACCCUAUUGGCGGUCUGUUGUACACAAACGCUUUCCCUUCCAACAACGGUGACAACUCCACUUACCAGCAGGGCAAGCACUGGACCUAUUUCAUGGGUGGCAACAUGUUCUGUGCUAAGAUCUGUGACGACACCCAACCCAAUGCCGAAGCUCUUUGCCAGCACAUCUAUGAUCGUAUUGGGUGCGCUUACAAUGCUCCCAGCAACGCUCAGAACGGUACUUUCGUGUCUUGCCAGGGUGAUGAUAUGACUCCCGUCGGUCAGUACGUCAGCAACGGUGUUACCACCACCUGGACUCAACCUGCCGAGACCGUCAGUAUCACUGGGGUUCCUUACACUCCUACUCCUGCCGCCUCCAGUAACUGUGUGACCUACACGUCUGCAUCAUUAUACACAGACCUCGCUAGUGUUGGAGUCACUGGUUCGCCUGCGGGUGCUUCUGCUACUGCUUCCGCUAGUGGAAGUGCAAGUGGUAGUUCCAAGGCUGCUGCUACCAAGUCGAGCGCUGAUUCCUCUACCACUGGAACCUCCAACUCUGCCGGCGCUGCUAUGGGUAUCUCCCUCGUUUCUGCCUUCGCUGGAGUUAUCCUCUCUACCUUCAUGUUCGCUUAA